AUGUGGCCUUUCGCCCCAACUUCUUCAGCAGCACUAAACCCUAAAUUCAGGGAAGUCUACACUUGUGUCUUCGGGCCAAAUGGCCCAGAGUACAGUUUGCAGGGGGUACAGGAUGUGUCCCCUGGGGGCCCCUGGGGGGCCCCCCACUGGGGGCCCCCCCAGGGGCCCCUCUCGGGGGGCCCCCCGGCGAGCCCGCGGGGGGGGGGCCCCAGCCGCAUGAACUCUUCAGCUUGUGCUGCUGAGUUUGGGGCCUCCUUCAGCGCAGCAGCGGGGGGCCCCCCUUCUGCUGCUGCUGCUGCUGCUGCUCCUUUAGGGGGCACCAAGCGGCGGCUGGAAGCAGCUUUUAAUAAAAGUGAGAUGAAGCAGCAGCGGCUGUGCGGCAUGUGGCACGUCGCGUAG